AUGUUGUUUUCGCUCACGUUCGAGCCUAGCGCCAUCAGAGCCCGGACUUACCAGUUUGUCAAACGUAACUCCCAGGCUCGCGGGCUCGUCACUCAAGGCCCAUCUAAUACCACGUUUGGAUCCAGCGAACGAAGCUCGCCCACCAUUGUGCUGGCGUCGACGUUGUCAAAGCUUAAGCUGAUGUUUAAGCGCAAGAGACACGAACCCGAGGAGCCAGAGUCGUACGUGCUUCCGGAAUUCACGUUUGAUCACCGUAUCCUGAUGGUGAUUGACAUUGACACCGAUGAUUACGAGAACCUGACUUUGCCCGUGGAAUAUUUGGUCAAAUGUGAUGACAACCAGUUCGUUCGAGUGCUCGGUACCAACCAGAAGACGGUGGCACAAAACAUCGCCGAGAUGGCGUUGGAUGAGUUGAAGCGUCUGGGGAUACCCGUGGACUCGGUGGCCGUCAACUAUAUCAACGGUGACAUCACCGAUAGCGACAACACUAAGUUGGGGAUGGUGCCAGGGUUGACUAGGGGCAAAAAGGUCCUGGUAAAGCCCGAUGACACCAUGUACGAUGUGCCUACGCUGAUGGCGGCACUGCCAUCGACAAAAGACGAGAUUGCUAGUCAUUUUAGUGACACCAGCAGCAAGCUGACCAUUUGA